GCAAGCAGCUGUGCAUGACUCUUAAGUGAAAGAGGAAGGGAGGCAAAUCGGUGGUAAUAGGAUAGCAUUACAAGGUUGCAUCACUGGGCAUGCUCCAUCUGAUUUUGGAUUUGUCUUUUUCCUUUAAGAUUAAUAUACAGCCCCUAACACACACACACACAUAUAAACACACACACACAUACAAUCAUGGAUGGCUAAAAGUGUCUGGAUCUUUGCGUCUUUGUGUCCAAAAUGCCUCAGUUGGGGAGGAGAGGGAAGUGUUGCUGAGACAAAGAGCUGCAGGCUGUGCGUCGGUGUGAAGGAGGUGCGUCUGGAGGAGGGAUCGAACACCAAGGAGGACCAUCAGCAGUCACCUUGCAGUCAAAGUAAUCAAGAGGCUCUUUUGAUUUAUUAAACGGUGAAUUAGAUAAGUUAGAUUAGACGGAUUUGUUGGGUUUUUUCUCCCCCUCUUUGGAUUUUGGUGAUGAUGUGACGUCCGUUAUCCAUGUGAUGCCAUUGGCUGCGUUCAUUUUGGAUUUCGCAUCCAGCGAAGUAGCAGUACGUCCUCAUCACUAGGCUUUUUUUUAGCACCAAAGUGCACAGCCAAAUGCUCGUCGAGCUGUGGUGAUUUUUUUUUUAUUCUUGCUGGUUUCAUUGGUGGGGGACGACAGGUGGCUCGGCGCGCCGCUUCCCCGCGCUCGCACUCACCUUCGCUAUGAUGAGAGGAACUUCUGUGAGCGAUGCCUAAGGGACGAGAUGGGCCUGAGCGACGACAAGGAUCGCAUUGUGAUCAACGUGGGAGGGAUCCGGCACCAGACGUACCGCAGCACCCUUCGCACCCUACCUGGCACCCGCCUGUCGUGGCUGGCGGAGCCUGACGCGCCCAACCACUUCGACUAUGACGCCAAGAUCGAGGAGUUUUUUUUCGACCGCCACCCCGGCGUCUUCGCGCACAUCCUCAACUACUACAGGACAGGUAAGCUGCACUGCCCGGCUGAUGUGUGCGGCCCCCUCUACGAGGAGGAACUGGCGUUCUGGGGCAUCGACGAGACGGACGUGGAGCCCUGCUGCUGGAUGACCUAUCGCCAGCACCGGGAGGCGGAGGAGGCCCUUGAUAGUUUCGGCGGGGGGGGACUAUUGGACCUGGGGAACGACGACGCCGAGCCCGAGCAGGAGCAUGGUGAGGACGAUGUGGAUGAGAUGACGAGGAGACUGGCGCACGGUGACUCUCCAGACACCCGGAGUGGCAGCUUGUGGAGCCGGUGGCAGAAGCGUGUUUGGGCUCUCUUUGAGGACCCUUACUCCUCCAAAUAUGCAAGGUGGGUGGCUCUGGCCUCGCUGUUCUUUAUCCUGGUGUCAAUCACCACAUUCUGUCUGGAAACCCACGAGGCUUUCAACCCCAUCAUCAACCGCACUGAGGUAGAACUGGUGGACAACAUCACGGUGGAGCACACCUACCAGGAGCCCGAGACGGCGCCCUACCUCACCUACAUUGAAGGCGUUUGCGUGGUGUGGUUCACUUUUGAGUUCCUAAUGCGAAUAACUUUCUGCCCAAACAAAUUUGACUUCAUACGUAACGCCCUGAACAUCAUCGACUUUGUGGCCAUCCUGCCUUUCUACCUGGAGGUGGGCCUCAGCGGGCUCUCUUCUAAGGCAGCUAAGGAUGUACUGGGUUUCCUGAGAGUGGUCCGUUUUGUAAGGAUCCUGCGUAUCUUCAAGCUCACUCGCCACUUUGUAGGACUGAGGGUGCUGGGUCACACACUGAGAGCCAGCACCAACGAGUUCCUUCUCCUCAUCAUCUUCCUCGCCCUGGGUGUCCUAAUCUUUGCCACUAUGAUAUAUUAUGCAGAACGCAUCGGCGCUAACCCCAACGACCCUAGAGCCAGUGAGCACACGCAGUUCAAGAACAUCCCGAUCGGAUUCUGGUGGGCUGUGGUGACCAUGACGACCCUUGGCUAUGGCGACAUGUACCCUCAGACCACCUCCGGUAUGCUGGUGGGAGCCUUGUGCGCCUUGGCAGGUGUGCUGACCAUCGCCAUGCCGGUCCCUGUGAUUGUCAACAACUUUGGAAUGUAUUACUCCCUGGCCAUGGCAAAACAGAAACUACCAAAGAAAAAAAACAGGCACAUCCCACGGGCGCCCCAACCUGGUUCUCCAAACUUCUGUAAAUCAAGUAUCAGCUCACAACAUCAGAGCCCUAUUGCCCACGACGACGUUUUUGAGAUAAAGUUUCAAGAUUCCAAGCUGAACGGUGAGGCUGCCAACGCCGCCCUAGCCAAUGAAGACUGCCCUCACAUAGACCAGGCCAUAUCUCCAGAGGAAAUCUUCAGCCCCAGCGAAAGAGAGCGGCCUUGCUUCCUGGUCACCACGGCCGAGCGGCCCAACCACACAGGGGGCAGAGUGAGGAGGGAGACCCAGCGACAGCACCGGAGCAGAGAACCAACUGAGUCAGUUUGUGUUAUGAACCAUGGUGUACCAACCACUAUGUGUAUGACCCAUAAUGGCCCGUCACCUACCUGAUAGUGCUGUAGCAUUGUUGUGUGUAUUAUUAAGUACUUUUAAAUGGGUGUGACAGUGGCAACCUGUACAUCACUACACUAGCUCAGCAUAGAUGUAGCACUGAGGACGUUUUGUUGUCAAAGCCUUAUGUAGCUCAGUAUCUGUGACUGGUUACUGUGAUGUAAUUUGUGUGCCUAUAUUUUUGGUGUUGUAAAUAUGCUUUUUUUGUGUGUGCUGAAGUUGUGUGUACCAAUGUUUUUGAGUGAUCAUCAAAUAUUUGUGUGUUGUGUCAUAAGAAAAAAAAAAAACAAGGUUGCUUCGAUUUUAAGUCACGUCAAACAGCUGGAAACACUUUUUGCACUCUCAUGCUCACCUCUUUGGAGACUUUUGCACUUUUUUGCACCACUGAACUUUUAACAUUCCUUUGAUGUUUUGAGCAUCCACAAAAAAAUACUUGAACACCAGUAUUACUUUGUGUCAAUGAGGUAUUCAGUGGUCAAACGUGCUGUUAUGAACUCAUACACUAAGUAGUAAUGCAGUAGGCUUAACACAUUUUAACUAGGUGAAGUUUUUUUUAAUUGCCCCCAUAGUUAAGAAGUAUCGCUUAGCAGUGCUUUUUUCAGUUGACAAUCAAGUAGAACUUGCAAUAUUAUUAUCUCCUUAAGCGCAAAAUGACUGAUGCCAAAACACAGUACACACAAUACUGGACAAGUGCCUCUCUUAUGCAGAUUUCUAAAACCAGUAGUCUAGGACAAUGAAAUAAAUACAGCAGAGCCUCGCUUUUCGUCAUUGAUCGGUUUGCAGAAGGCCACACGGAAACCAAAUCUAGUUUUCCCAUAAGAAACAAUGUCACUCCAAGGAGUCCACCAUUUCAGACAUAAAAAGUCUACACCCAAAAACUGCGAUAAAACAUUUAUACAAAUUAUAUAACAACCUAGUUUUUCGGCGCACAGUUUGAGAGUGCACCAAAACAGAAAUAUUCAUGGCAAUAAUUUUCAGUGAAAACCUGCAAAUCAUACAAAAAACAGGGCGUACGAAAACCGAGGUUCCACUGUAGAAAUUCCGAAACUCUAAAUCAGUCAGUCACCAACAGACUUUCAAUAGACAACCAGCAACACAGUGUACAAAAGGCACACAGAUAUAGUGGAUAUAAGUUGACAAAGUAAAAUGCCAGGUUUCUAUGUUAAAAAAUACACAACAAAUCUCCCAACCAGAUGCAGUUAAUGAUAAAAGCUUUAAAAUGUGGCAGAACUGGUGGGUUCCUGUGGGGGGUGCUACGAGCGUACAGGAUCGUUGGUGCGCUACAACGUGCCAUUCGGUCCUUGUAUGACCAGAACAGGAGUUUGGUUUGCAUUGCCAGCAGUAAGUCGAGCCUGUUUCUAGUAAACGUUGGUCACCAUUUGGUGACUCCAAAUUGUCCAUAGGUAUGUGAGUGUGAAUGGUUGUUUGUCUAUAUGUGCCCUGUGAUUGGCUGGCGACCAGUCCAGGGUGUACCCCGCCUCUCGCCCAAAGACAGCUGGGAUAGGCUCCAGCACCCCCGCGACCCUGGUGAGGAUAAGUGGUAGAAAAUGAAUGAUUUGGAUGAAUAACCCCAAAAUUAUACUGCCAUCAAAUGGAGUGGAGAGAGAUAUUUGUUUCAUAAUUACACAUAGUUUUUCAAUUCAAUUCAGUAAGUAAUUAAGUUGUAGCAGUAAUUAAAAGUAAAAAUUGCAAUGCUGGUUUAUUUUUUGUCACCCAAAAAUCUGGCAUUUUACAGGAUGUCAAUUUUACAUCUAUUGUUAAAGAACCCCAGUGUGGUUCCAAAAGAAAAGGCAGUCACUGAGCAUUAUGAGUAGAAAACAACCAUGAUAGCCAUGUUGCUGCCAAGUGCAGCUUUGACUGUUUGUGUGGAAAAGUUAGUGUGAAAGGGACCAACUUUUUUUAACAAACAACUGCAAACACACUGCCAACGAACCACUGGGAACUGUGUGCUAGUCACUGACACAAUAUCAAAUACUAUAAAAAAAAAAGCCAUUAAAACAGGUACAACAUAUGAGAGGCAACUAAAUGUGUGACUUUUAGUGACAUUUAAGAGUGAGUGCGUGUGUUUUGAACACUGUCCAUUUUGUGGCUAGUUCUCUUAGUAGGGUGUUCGGUGGUAGUUUUGACUGGUUUGUUGGUUAGGGAUUUUUGGUGUCUUUUCUGAACAAUACAGUUCAGACCUGUACAUUAAAUAGUGUUAAAUAAAAUUUAACAAACACAGAGAUGAACAUUUUCAAGAGGUUGUUUAUUUUUCUUGGUAAAAAACCUUUAAUUUAACAUCAUUAUCAUUAGUGCCGAUGUUAUGAAAAGUAUGUUAUAAUUGCCUUAGUGAGUUUUAAAUAAAAGAAGAAUAAAUACCGUACAUAUAUUUCAAGCAUUAAGCAUGCGCAAUGCUAAUCCCACCCACUGUCCUUGACCUGCACAUGUGGCCCAGGUACUGCACUGCAGAUGCCUACACAGCUCAUAAAUAUGCAAGAUGGGCCAGGAAUUAAUUGACUGAAUCAAAAGGAGGUGCCAAUAUGACAUUCUUUAGGUACAUGUGACAAGUUAUGGUAAAGAAAUAUUUAUGUGUAAUCCGUAAAUCACACUGUGACACACAUAGCUGCUAUGAAGUAUGGGCAUCAGUGCCUCCCAACGUUCAAGAUCACGGUAAUAAAAGCUCUGACAUGGGAAGACGGAGUUGCGGCAGCAGCCUUAACGUCUUCCGUCAUUCAGGCGGGCCAACAUGGCGGGAGGUGUAGGGAUGACCAUGUCCUGUAAAACUAUCGCCCACCGUUAUGGCAAUCAAAGUGAUGGACAGGCCACAGAAAUGAUGGCCUCCGUCCACACCAGACAUAAGUCACAUCCACACAUAUCUAGGUAUUUAUGACAUACACAGGCUUUCGCCACUUAACUACCAAAAGAUACCGUGGCCCAUUGGAUGGUGAAAGUUGUUGCAUAAUAUUCCUCAACAGGUGCUAAGCAGAAAGGUAAAUCAGUCAAAUGUGUGUUCAUUCAUAAUAUAAUUCCAUUUUAGGAAUUCUGCUCUAGACUUAGUUGCAUGCUGUGUCCAAUGUCAGUGGAAUGUGUGCAGAGUCGUCUUUAGACGUCUUUCCCGCGCACACUGCCAUAGAAUGUCCUGCCCCGCAGCCAAUGAGAAAAGGUGUGAGACCGGGAAGGAGCUGCGGCUCCAAGACGUCAGCCAGUGAACCAUCUCCACUCAUUCCGUGUUCGUUCCAGCCCCAGGAAAGCAAAUGCCCCCCUGAGGAGGAGAGGGGUCAUGGGUCAGUGGAGCCGAGAGAACACAGCACUGCGAAGCCCUCUCCUAAACGUGUGAGCUAAUAAUAGCAGUCUGGGGUGGUGGGUGUGUUGCAAAGAAAAGAAAGGACAUCGGAAAAUACACACAGUGACUUUGACAAUCGGACAGCAAUAAAGCUUCCUUGCUCUUCACAGCUGGAGAGCUUGUUAGUGGGUGUGGUCAGGGCUGCAUCACCGAGGAGACACGUGCCAUGGCAACACAGUUACCUAACAGGCUCCAUCGCCAUGGCAACAGAAGCGAGCUUGCUUUCUCAAGGGUAACACAUCCUCGAGCUUUCCCUAUCUGGCUGUUGUGUGUG